UCGGACAGCAACUUGGACGAUGACUUUGAUGAGGGUGACAUCAAUCGAGUCUCUAUUCCAGGGCCCAAUGCCUCCAAGGGAGAAGUCAUGGAGGCACUCAAAGCACUGCAGCUCAAAGUACAGUGUCUGCAGGAAGAAAACCGUGCGCUUAAGGAGAAGAACAAGAUUCUACUUGCCGAGAAGCCCAAACGGAAAUGCCGUGUAGAAGCACCUGACGAACUCGUUGCUCAUGAGCAGACCAUCUCACUGUACGCUCGUAAAUAUGGCAUGACAGUGGAGAUGUUUCCAGACAAUGAACUACUCACCAAGAAGCCCCCGGAUUCACCUACACCCUUCAAUAGCCAUGACCGUUACAGGACUGCUUCAACUCAGGAAUCGGCCUUUCUAGACGAACUCUAUACUCAUUUCCCAGAAUGCGUCCAUCGAGCCAUGCAGAGCGUAUACUUCAAAGACCUUGUAAACAAGUGCAUCAGCGAUGCUCGUUCUAACGAGAUCAAAAAACUGUGUGGUGUUGCUGGGGAUAUAUUUGACCUUCCUCCCAAGUACUUCGCCAAUCCUAGCUAUGACAGAGCCAGUGUUGUCAAAAUUCAAAAGAUGCUUGGAGUGUCUGGCAAGACACAGGCUUAUAAAAUCUUUCCGCCUCUUUUGUUCCCAGGUUUGCAAGAAGACACGACCCUCAAGACUGUUUUCGGCAAUUGGGCGCUUUUCGCUAAGAUUCUGAGAGCCUCGCUGCAUGGUGUCACCUCGCUUCAUCAAGAGCCUUGCGGUGGAUCGAAGACUAAUGCUCGCAAAUGGAGCUUUCAACAAGUCACUCCAGGGUCCAUCGCGUGGGCGGCAAUUAUUGCAAUCUUUCUGCUCUCGCCCGACACGGAGUUUCCUGGUCUGGGAGUGGGGAAAUCGUCGACUAUCAAUUACAAAGAUCUGUUCUUUCAAUAUAAGAAGAUGCUCAUUAUGAAGUGGGACACAAGACGCAUCAAGAAUAUUGUGGCCAGUAUCGACAACCACGUCUUUGGUGCCGCAAAGUUGUCCACCUUGAAUCCGGCUGGUGGUGAAGACUUUUCCAAUGAGAUCAACCGUGCUAUGCUCGCACUCGACAUGGUGUCGGACAGCGAGGCAGAU